AUGGCGUCGGUUCCGGCUUCAUCGACGACUGCGCAAGGCAGGAACAGCGACUACAGCGGCGGCUCGGUGGUUCACGCUACCGGUUCUUAUUCCCGACAUUGGUGGUCAGAGGUAGCAGCGGCGCCGGAGAUUGAAGAUGUGAAUGGUGGCGGCUGGAGGGAGGGUUUGAUUGGAAAUUUUUUUAAAAGGGCAUUGGAUGUUGGUAGUAGUGAUGAAAGUGGUAGAGGGAAAAGACCUCAACCUCAACAUCAACCACAACCACAACCACAACCACAACCACCAAGUUUUCUUAUUAAUAAUCUUCCUUCGGACCGUGCGGAUAGACCAAGAAUUACAUCCUAUCAUCCAAAUCAAAGGGAUGAAAUAAGGAGAAUAUAUUGGAUUAAAGGACCUUCUCAACCAAAAGGUCAUGAUUUUCCAUCAAUAAAAAUUGGUAAUAAGAAUAUACAUUUUGUAAAGGAAUGGUUUGAUGAAUUUAAUUGGUUAGAGUAUAGCACAAAAGAAAACAAAGCUUAUUGUUUAUGUUGUUACUUGUUUGGAGACAUUGUGGGGCAACAAGGGGGAGAGAUAUUUUUGUUGAAAAAUAUGUUAACAUUUCGUGGUCAUGACGAGUCAGAUGGCUCUCUUUCUAAGGGUCUUUUCAUUGAACAAUUAUCAUUCCUUCGGGACCAUAAUGAAAGCAUUUAUAACGUUACAUUACAAAAUGCUCCAAAAAAUGAAAAAUUGACGUCUCCAAAGAUUCAAAAAGAAAUUGUUCAAUGCUUUUCAAAGGAGAUAAUAAAGUCCAUCUGUGAAGAAAUUGGUAAGGAUGUGUUUGCUAUAUUAGUAGACGAGUCUAGUGAUGAAAGAUUUGUUGGAGUUGUGCACGUGAAGGAUACAUCUUCUUUAACUCUAAAAGAAGCCAUUGAUUCAGGAUUUACCAACAAUAACUUGAGUAUAUCUCAGUUAGUGGUUGUGGCUGUAGCAAAGAACCAUGAUGGUGCUAAAGAUUUCUUUGAGCAAUUAGCUUUGGUGGUUAAUGUGGUGUGUGCUUCUUGUAAAAGAAAAGAUAUCAUAAGGGAGAGUUACAAGGAAAGGGUUCAAAAAGAAAUUGGUAACGGUGAAAUUGACACUGGAAGAGGUUUAAAUCAAGAGAUUUCUCUUGUUCGAGUUGGAGAUACAAGAUGGAGUUCACAUUAUAAAACAAUAACAAGUUUGAAGAAUCUGUUUCCGGAGGUAGUCAAGGUUCUUAAUUAUGUUGAAGAAGAGGGAUCUAGUUUACAUAACCGAAAUCAAGCGUACGGUAUUUUGUCAUAUUUCAAGACGCUUGAUUUUGUGUUUUAUUUACACUUGAUGUUGGAGAUUUUUGGUCUCACAGAUACCUUGUCAAGACAUCUUCAAAAAAAGGAUCAAGAUAUUUUGGAAGCGGCUUCUUUGGUGAAAGUGACAAUGAAAACGCUAAAAGCUUUAAGAAAUAAUGGAUUUCCUUCAAUAUUGGAGAAGGUAUUUUCUUUUUGUCAGAAACAUAAAAUUAAAAUUGUGGAAAUGUCCGAAUGUUAUGUUACUCCAAGAAACCGUAGGACAAAGAUUACUAACCAACAUCACUUUGAAGUUGAUAUUUUCAACACGGUUUUGGAUAUGCAAAUUUAA